AUGUGUCCUAAAGAAGCUAUUCAGUACUUUGGAAUUGUCCAAUUACUUAUGCAUUUCAGAUGGAAAUGGGUCGGGCUCAUGAUUUCGGAUGAUGAUGGUGGAGAACAUUUCUUGAAGGUCUUGGAACCAAUGCUUUCCAAGAAUGGAAUCUGUUCAGCCUUCACAAAUAGAGUUCCAAGUGAUAUACCUAUAUGGAACAUUGGUGAAAUGAACAAUUACAUUUUGAAUAGUAUUCCGGUUUUGGGGAAGAAAAAAGCCAAAGCUGUUGUUUUGUAUGGAGCUACUGCAAUAAUCAGAUGGUUGGCAGCCAUUCUGAGUGGGAUAAAAUUUAAAGAGAAAACAUCUAUUGGUAAGGUGUGGAUUACAACAGCCCAGAUUGAUUUUGCAUACCAUGUAUUACUUAAAAUGUGGGACAUCCAACUGUUCCAUGGUGCUAUUUCCUUCAAUGUUCACUCAGAGGAGCCCCUAGGCUUCCAACAAUUUCUUCAGAAUAUAAAUCCUUAUAGUGCAAAAGGAGAUGGCUUUAUCACAGAGUUUUGGGAGCAAGCAUUUGACUGUUUCAUGCCAAAUUAUCAUGAACCAACAGAUGUAACCUGCACUGGAGAGGAGAGGUUGGCAGACCUUCCUGGGCCUUUUUUUGAAAUGACCAUGACUGGUCACAGCUACAAUAUCUAUAAUGCUGUCUAUGCUCUGGCAUAUGCCUUGCACAUCACAUGCUUAUCUAGAUCCAGACACAGAGAAAUGAAGGAGGAAAGAAGACUAGUCCCUAUAGAUAUAGAACCCUGGCAGCUCCAUUCAUUGCUUCAGAGGAUCUCAUUCAACAACAGUGCUGGAGAAGAGGUUGCAUUUAAUGAACAUGGAGAAUUAUCAUCUCACUUCGACAUUAUAAACUUGGUCACUUUCCCUAAUGGCUCCUAUCUCAGAGUGAAAGUGGGAAAGGUGGAUUCUCAGGUUCUUCCAGCUAACAUGUUCACCCUUGAUGAAGAAAGAAUUGAGUGGCACAAAGAGUUAACUCAGGUCCCCCCCUUUUCUCUGUGUAAUACCAAUUGCCUUCCUGGUUACAGCAAGAAGAAGAAAGAAGGGGAGAAAUUUUGCUGCUAUGACUGUACACUGUGUCCUGAUGGGAUGAUCUCAAACCAGGAGGACAUGGAGAAUUGUGCCAGUUGCCCAGGAGAUCACUUUCCAAACAAGGCCCAAGACCAAUGUGUCAAAAAGAUUUUAAACUUUCUCCAUUUUGAAGAAACUUUGGGAAUUGUUUUAGCUUCUUUGGCUCUUUUCUUCUCUGUGAUCACAUCUCUGGUGCUUGGAAUAUUCAUUAAAUACAGGGAUACUCCCAUUGUAAAAGCCAAUAAUAGGAGCCUUUCCUAUGUUCUCCUCAUUUCCCUCCAGCACUGCUUCCUCUGCUCUUUGCUGUUCAUCGGAAAACCCAAUAAAGUGACCUGCCUCCUCCGACAAACAGGUUUUGGGAUUGUCUUUACCAUUGCUGUUUCUUCUAUUUUGGCCAAAACCAUUACAGUGGUUUUGGUUUUCAUGGCUGCCAAGCCUGGAAACAUUUUUAAAAAAUGGGUGGGGAAAAGUUUGGCCCAUAUUAUUGUCUUUUCCUGUUCCUUUCUUCAAGGAGGAAUUUGCAUCCUUUGGCUGGUUAUUUCUCCCCCAUUUCCAGAUGUGGACAUCUAUUCACUGUCUGAAGAAAUCAUAACAAACUGUAAUGAAGGAUCUGUUGCUAUGUUUUAUUGUGUCUUUGGCUUCAUGGGUAUUCUCGCCACCCUCAGCUUCACUGUGGCAUUUUUAGCCAGAAGGUUACCCAACAGUUUCAAUGAAGCCAAGUUCAUCACCUUCAGUAUGUUGGGUUUUUGCAGUGUAUGGGUGUCCUUUGUCCCAACCUACCUGAGCACAAGAGGGAAAUACAUGGUAGCUGUGGAGAUCUUCUCUAUCCUGGCCUCCAGUGCUGGGUUGUUAGGUUGCAUCUUUUUCCCCAAAUGCUACAUAAUUUUGGUGCAGCCUGAGUUGAAUAAAAGGGACCAGCUGAUAAGGAUAAAGUCUUAA